CCAUAUUGGCAACACUGCAAUUGAGACGAGCGAAUUUUUUUCCAGUUCAUGUGAAUUGAAGUUUUUCAAUGCGUUUUGUUAUAACACAAAGAAAAAUAAGUUUUCUAACUUAAACUAAAAACCGAAUUAAUUUUCUGUGUGACUAUACGCGAUUAAAAUUAUUAUAAUUUGCACGGUGAUUUCAGGACAAGGAGAAAUCGGCGUUUAUAAAAGCCAUAUAAAGGAGCACAAACAUACAGGCUAAAUAAAAAAAAUACAAAUGUCGGAGAACAAAGACGAGACUUUGGCGACUUUUCAGAGCAUUACUGGAAUAGACGAUGUUGGAGAAGCAUUUUCACAUUUGGAGCAAACCAACUGGGACCUCAUGACCGCUUUACAAAGAGUCAUACCCCAGGAUGAUGCACCGUCACACGGAAGAAACUCCACUUCAGCGUUUGGAGCAGACAUAUCGGGUUUCUCAGCAACAACAGCGCUUAACGAUUUGUCCACAAACGCGGGGUCUUCUAAUUGUCGCCAGUGGAACGCUAAUAGUGCUUCCAAUAUUGGUUUAGCAGCUUCCACUUCUGCAGACGCGGAAAUAAUUGAUCUCACGUCCGACAUUGACUUGGACCCUGCAAGACAUAAUGAUGUGAAAACUUUGGUGCUGAACAUACACUACAACGAAUCAGUAUAUACAAUUCGUCUGCCAUCAAUUGCCACAAUAGAACAACUUAAAUUGAAAAUAGCGGAAGAAACAAACGUACCGAUUUGCCGGCAAGCUAUUCGAGGUUGGCCCCCGGCGAAACUGCAAGAAGCUCGAAAAAUAACUGCGCAGUUAUGUAAUUUAGAUUUGGGUCCAGAAAACGACCUCAUUUUACACAAUUUAAGCGAAGAAGGCUACGUAGAUACAGAAAAUGAGGAAAUUGCACAGCGGCUACGUGACAUGUUUAAUCUGACCAUAGUUGAGCAACCCAGCGGAAAAACAAUAACGUUACCGUUUCUUGGCAGCACCACCAUUUUGGAGGUGAAGACAAAGGUGUAUUAUGUCAAUAAUAUAAAUGUGCGUGAUCAGGAGUGGGAAGGCUGGCCCUCUAACUGUAGUGACAACUUAACUUUAGCCCAAUCUGGCAUUGGUUUGUCUCACAAUUUCACACUUCGUAAUGCAAAUGAAAGAAAUAUGGAUAUCGUUGGAUUAUGUAAUAACAUAAAUGCCAGCAAUAAUACCAACGAGACUGACGACGACAACAGCUUAGAUGACGAGGACGCCUAUGAUCCACUACAAGACGAACAGCCUGUUCCACCACGUAGCAGGCACUUAAUUCCCAAUAACAUUGGAAAUGAAUGCGCUGGUUCAAUAGAGUUUUUCGACAACUACCGUGAACGUUUCGGUGACCCACACCCCGUAUUUUAUGUUGGCAGUUUAGAAGAUGCGAUUAGAGAAGCUUGCCACAAGCCGGCGCGUGAACGAAAACUACUUGCAAUUUAUUUGCAUCACGGUGAUAGCAUUCUCACAAAUGUAUUCUGUGAUCAGGUAAUGAAAAACGAGAGAAUCAUAGAAGCAUUUGCACAAAACUUUAUACUCUACGGAUGGGACUUAACAUUUGAAACCAACAGAAAUAUGUUUUUAUCUUCGGUCACUGCCUGUGUGAGCAAUACAGCAUCCAUAACGAUUAGUACAAAACCAGUAGAUAAGCUGCCUUCGAUAUUAAUUAUUGGUAAAAGUCGGCUCUCCGGAAGAUCUUCGUGCGAAGUGCUUUCUGUCGUAGAUGGAAAUUCUGAUUUAAAUACAUUUUUAUCGCGCCUUAUGGAUGCAGUAGAAAUGUACAAAUUACAGUUGAAAGACGAAAUACGCGAGGAAGAUGAACGAGCUGAACGUGAUCAAGUCAAGGCUGAGCAGGAUUUGGCCUAUCGUGAAACGUUGGAAGCUGAUAUGGCGAAGGAAGCCGCCAAGCGGCAAAAAGAAGCAGCGAUCGCAGCGGAGCGCAAACGAUUGGAGUCGGAAAAGGCUGAAGAGGAAGCGAAACGAGAGUCGAUACGACUAGUGGCCCUACAAUCACUACCGACAGAACCUUCGGACUCUGAAGCGAAUGUUUCUACAAUACGUAUUCAGAAACCCUCUGGCGAGUUCUUAGAACGAAGAUUCUAUAAACACAAUACACUACAGGAUAUCUUGAAUUUUGUAGCCGCAAAUAAUUAUCUCAUCGAAGAAAAUAAAUUAAUCCUAAUAUCUGGCUGGCCACGUAGCGACUUAACGGCCAUUGACCCUAACAAAACACUUGAAGAGCUUAAACUGUUUCCACAAGCGAAAGCCGUGCUUGAAGAGCGAUGAUUUUACUAGUGGCUGGAAAACGCCAAUUUACACAUCAAACAAUGUAACAAUAGAUUUGUAAUAAAUAUCUGUGGUUCAUUGACGGACGGACCAGCGAUAAAAAAACCAAUAUUGAUUUCAAAUCCUCAAAAAACAUAUAUAGAUUAAGGCUUUUCACGUACAUGAAAAUUAAAAAAUAAUCAUAAAGAAAUAAAUAAUGAACGUAUGCAUGCAUAUAUGCAUGUACACAUAAACACGUUCUUGGCUAUGUCGCUCUUA